CAAGAUGGAAGUGUGGCUUAAAGUGAUAAACAAAGAAAACACCACCAGAAAAUUUUCUCUCUCUAGAAAUUGAAGUUAGAGAGAAAACUAUAGAGCAGUUCAUCAAUGGAAAUCACUUCAAGAUUACAUGAGAGAGAAAACCCAUCUCCGGCCAACUCUCCGAACAGCCACGACAGCAGUAGCAACAGCAAUGGACAUGCCGGCUGCGGCGGCAGCGGCGGCGGUGGCGGUGGUGGUGCCACCACACAAACCCCACCAUUAACUCCGAAACCCGUUUCGAGAUCCGAACCCAAUCCAUACCCAACCACUUUCGUCCAAGCUGACACCAAUAACUUCAAACAAGUAGUUCAGAUGCUAACAGGAUCCUCGGAAACCGCCAAAAAUGCUUCAUCGAAGCCAACCCAACAACCAGAUCCCGCUCCGGCGAAGGUAUCAAUACCUCCGAUUAAAACGGGUCAACAGAAGAAACAAGGUUUCAAGCUCUACGAGCGUCGGAACAGCUUGAAAAACGGGUUGAUGAUAAACCCGAAUUCAGUUCCUAAAUUCGGGCACGGGUCAUCGCCGAGAUUCCAUGAAAUACUUUCCCCGAGCAUUCUGGAUUUUCCGUCGCUUGUUCUCAGUCCAGUGACGCCGUUGAUCGAAGACCCAUUUAACAAAUCGUCGCCGUCAAUCGGGAAUUCAUCGGAGGAAGAUAGGGCAAUUGCGGAGAAGGGGUUUUACCUGCACCCAUCGCCUAGGGCGGCGACACCACGAGGGACGCCGGAGCCACAGCUCUUACCUCUGUUUCCGGUGACUUCGCCGCGGGUUACGGGGUCGCCGUCAUAGAUAACCAAUAAUUAUGGGUUGUUGAAACUUAAAGGUUAGAGAUCUUUUGCUCCAAUUGUACAAUUUGGAUCUCUGUGAUUCCAUUUUUCUCAGAGAAUGAAAACAUGAUUUUAAUUUCCA